GUUGCUGUUGUUGUUGUUGUUGUUGUGGUGGUUAGUGUUGCAUUGUCUGCUAAACGCUAAUGCGUUAAAUGAGCUGUUGAUGCCCCGUGCCAGAUAACUAAUUAGAGCGCUUUCUGGUGCAUAAAUUACGAAAUAAGUUACAAGUCGAACCCGAAACCUCAAUUAACUUUAUGUGAAACGCCUACGCACAGCGCUGUCGAGCUACGCAGAGAAAUACAGACACAAAGCGUUAGAUGUUAUGGCCAUAAUAAUAAACAUGAUGAUGACGUUAAGUAUACGCCAAAUUGGUCAAAACAAAAUAGAGAAAAUAUGACAAACAAGCGACGCAACGAACGAGUGAAACGAAUGGCAAGAUCGUGAACAAAAAAAAAAAAUACCCGAACGUCAAGCUACAGAAAUUCUAGUGAUCCGCGUAAUAACUGAAGUUAAUGCCCCGCUCAUUGGCUCAUACGUUGAUUCAGUUGCUCCGUGGCAGUUGACAGCGCCGCACGCGAAUCGUAAACGCAAAAAUUUAUAAGAAAAAGUGAGAAAAAGCGAAGCUUGAACGAGAGUCGCUUUUAGACUUUGAACAGACAAACAUACAAAACAGACAGACGGACAGACAGACAGACAGACAGACAGACAGUCAGUUUUGUCGGUAGUUUUGCUUGACGCCGCCGGGGCGGAUUGCUCAAGGUUAAUUCGAGAUGUCAUUUUUUCGCAACAUUCGCUCAUCGUUGGCAUCGGCGACGUCGUCGAGAAAGAGCUCGUCCCGCGACACGACGCCAGUGCGCAGCUGUGGCUCCCGACCGGCGAGUGUGAUCAGCUCUCGACGGGAUUCGACCACGAGUUCAACAUUGCAGCGUGGCGACACCUUUAUAUUGCAUGGCUCCGAUGAGGAACAACAGCGUCCGACAGACUCCAACAGCAGCACGCUGGAGAAAAAGUCCAAAAAGUCGAAAGUUUUUAGUAAAUUCAGCACGUUUACCAAGCGCAAGAAGACACCCUCGCCGGAGGAGGUGGCCAGCUAUGAGCAUCAUCCCAGUGAUUCGGCCACAAAUACUUACUACAAGUGGCGCAGUGAUGGGGAUCGCAUGUUGGACUAUGAUGCACACUCGGACCCAUUUAAUUUCCUCUACGAGCAGCAGAGCAGCCUCAAGUCCGGCAGACAGUCAGCUGAAGCUGCAGUGCAACGCCAGUCGAGUCAGUGCUCCAAUUCCAAUUCGAAUUCCAAUUCCAGCACUGGCAGCUUUGAUUCCAGCACUUAUCGCAAGAGUAAAACUCCAACGCAUCUGCGAGAGCAACUGGAGCAGCUGAAAACCCACUCCAAUGACGAUCUGCUCGAGGAGGAUGAAAAGGAAAAGUACAAAACGGUCACACUGAGCAGUUUUCGCAAAUCGUUUCGCGAUCGCUUGCUGCAACAGCAAAAGGAGACGCCACACAAUCCCGCCUGGUUUGUGGAGGUGCCACCGCCUGUGGCGCCGCCGAGCAAUAGCCGUGCCGAGGCCAAGGAGAACCGGCCGGACUUUCUGGUCUUUGAGAAUGACAAUUAUCGCCCACAGUCGCGCUCGCCGCUGCGGGAACGCCCCUCACGCUCCGCCACCCGCUCGCCCGUCAAACGCAAUGAGACUUUUCGCGUGGCACAGCCCACAUUGCGUCAUGUGUCGCCGUCACCGACGCCGCCAACGUCCUCCAUACGCAUUGAGAUCAAGAACUCCAUAUUGCCGCACUCACCCGGCCGUCUAGUGCCGGUGGGCGUGGCCAAGCCCAUGCCGACCACAGAGUACUAUGCACAGCGUCUGUUGGCCAACAGCGUGGCACGACAGCCGUUGCAUGGCCCAGGAGCUGCCAAAUGGUAUCGCCAACAGGCUCAACACUCACCCACACGUUUUGGUGGCAUGCCACAUGCCCAGCAGCACCAUCAGCAACCACAACCACAACGGAAUAGUGGUCGUUAUCAGACCCUCGUGCACAUUGGCAGCGAGCAGAGCAAAUUGUCUGCCGCUCCAGCUUCAGCUUCAGCUCCAGCUCGAGGACGUGCCCCAACCCGCGUGCAACUCUACGGCAACAAGCCAAGCAGUCGACAACAACAGCAACAGCAACAACCACCUUCUGCCACCUACUUUGGCGGUCACUACAAUGCACCUGCAACUACAGCGAUCACCGUCGGCAAACCAUUGUCCAGUUCUCGAGUCUCCAACGUGGGCGUCUCCAGUGCCAAUUGGGGGCGUCGCGAUCAGCCGUCGCCAAGAGUCGUUGCCGCCCACGCCCACGCCCCCGCCCCCGCGCAACGACGCAAUCGUUCUCCCAUCAAGAUUCCAUGGCGUUAGAUCGAAUAUAUUCGAAUACACUCGAACGAAACGAACGAUCAAAAGAUCAAGAUACUCACUGAUCCGCGAUCGGCUUUGACAAAUAAAGCAAUAGUUGUUUGCUCAGCACAUGUGCUAGUAUCUAGAGAUGAGCGCGUGACACGACACGUUGCAAUAGUCGAAAAUAAAUAAUUUCAAAUUUAUAGACAAAAAGUAACAAGAUACUAAAGAAUCCGACAUAAUAACUUUAAAGAAAAUAUUCUUUACUGAGUAAAAGCUCUUUUUGAGGUAGCAAAAAUUUAAGGCAGAGUAUCUUAAGAUUGUAAGGUAUUAAAAAGUAUUGAAAAAGUGUGUAGAUUUAUUUCACAAAAAUCAAAGAAUCUUAAGAUAUUUUAUAAUAGCUUAGAAAAAGUUUCGAAAACGUUACGUAUUUCAGAGUCUCAGAUCAAACUUGAUUCUUAAGACAAGAAUUGUCAAAAAAAAUAGGGAUAAAUUAAUAAUGAAGUAUAUAUCUAUGUUUAUCAAAGAAUCUUGAGAUUUGUAGCAGAUAAAACGGUUUUCGAUUGCUUAAAAACAAUGUCAAACAGUAGAAAUAAUUAAAAGCGCUUUCAUUGUUAGAGUUGGUACUAAACUAAAUAUACUGAGCUUCGUGACACGUGCCCAUCUCUAGUUAAAUAACCGAUUGCUGAUCAUAUGAGUUAAGCGACACCUCUUGCGUCAUGCAGAACCGUGGGACGUACUAUAGUGAAUAUUAUUUAUUUUCUUUACAAAUUGUGCUAACAAUUGAUAUCUGUGUACAGUCGAAAUGUCUUCUCUCCACAUUCUUUCCCCAUGUGCGUUGUAUGUAAAAUAAUUAUAAUUAAGUAAACAAAUGAAACCAAUAAAUGCGAAUAAAUACACAGAAAAUGAUACAGAGAUAAAAAAGAAAUACAGAAAAUCGGCGUGUUGUGUAAAUUGAUAAUUAUCAUUUGUUGGCAUUGCCCGUGGCCAAAAUCAUUUGGUAACAAGCACGGCUUUAAGUAGUUGCAGGGCCAUUAA